CCCCUGCCCGUCACCGUAGAGUCGAAGCAUCCCCUCCCAAAAGAUGCCUGGGAACUGUAGUUUGCCCCUCACAGCUGCAGUUCCCAGCACCCUUAACAAACGACAAUUCCCAGGGUUCUUUUGGGUGUGUGUGUAACGUGCUUUAAAUGCAUUUGGCACGUAUGCAGCCCCGCUGCAAGACAGAGAGGCAGAGAAGUCACUUGCUUCCUCGCCUUCCUCCCGGGGAGUUGCUUUCUCAGUGGAAAUGCUGCUGCGGGAUCUCUUGCCUUCUACCUGCAGGGUAGGCGCUCUGCCGCUCGGCUACAAGCAAGCAGCUCCUCCUUCAGCUUGGCUUGCGAAGGGUUAACACGAACAACGUGGGCUUCCUAGAGAGGGAGCAAACGGAGGGGGUGCAGAGUCCGAGAUCCUUGCCUCCGAAGUCUCCUCCGGCCCGGAGGUGUGUGUGUGGAGAGAAAGUGGCCCUCGUUUCCCCAGGCGCCUUAUCAAGGGCCCUUCCGGGAUCUGGAAUUGGUAGCGCCUCUAUUUAGGACAGACAGGCAUCCUUAAAGCACCGGUGUAUGAAGAACACUCAGCUGCCCCUGAAGCACAAAGAGGCCCCGAUGUCAUCAACACUGGCAACAGUGAGGAAAUCUGGGAAAGAACCAUGCAGACAGUCCUGGGCGAGAAGGACAAGCUCAGCUCAGAUGUGCAGCGCCUGCAGUUCAGGCAUUUCCGCUACGAGGAGGCCAAGGGGCCCCGAGAGGCUUGCAGCCGACUCCACCACCUCUGCCGUCAGUGGCUGAAGCCAGAGCAAAACAUGAAGAAUCAGAUCCUGGACCUGGUGAUCCUUCAGCCAUUUCUGGCUGUCCUUCCACCGGAGCUGGAGAGCUGGAUGAGGGAAUGUGGAGUGGAGACCAGUUCCCAGGCGGUGGCCCUGGCCGAAGGUUUCCUCCUGAGUCAGGCAGAGGACAAGAAGCAGGCAGAGCAGCAGAGAAAGGACCUGUUUGCAGAAAUGGACACUGAUUUCCCUGAGGCAGAGGGGACACCAUCGCACACUAGACGGAGGCCACUGGCUGAUGGAAUGAUGCCGGCAAGACCUCUUCUGCCAUGUCAUCUUCGCAACGGAGAGGAAGAAGAUGCUGUGGAAUCAGAUCGGGGUUCAGUGUCCUUUGAUGAUGUGGCCGUGCAUUUCACGGAGGAGGAGUGGGCCCUGCUGGAUCCUGACCAGAGAGCUCUGCAUCAGGAAGUCAUGGAGGAAAAUUGUGGAAUGGUGGCUUCCCUGGCCUCGUGAAUUCCGCUCUGAACAGGACACUUGCUGUCCAAGGCUUCUGUGGAGCUAGAGACCCCCUUCGGCAACGGGCCUCCGUGAUGCGCGGUUGCCGUCUUGCUACCUUUUUCAGUGUUGACUCUGCUGCCAGGAGGAGUUAACCCAUUCCUGUCUGCUUCACUCUCCUCUGAC